AGAACUCGUCGGGCCUAUGUGAGAGCUCGGGACGGAUAUCCGGCCUCUUUUUCGUGGCGGACCGUUGUAGGGUCGGUUUGGCAAAAUGAAGCUGAACAUCUCUUUCCCCGCUACUGGCUGCCAGAAGCUGAUCGAAGUUGACGAUGAGCGCAAGCUGCGUACCUUCUACGAGAAGCGUAUGGCCACCGAGGUGGCUGCUGACCCUCUGGGAGAUGAGUGGAAGGGUUACAUGGUUCGCAUCAGCGGAGGCAACGACAAGCAGGGCUUCCCCAUGAAGCAGGGUGUGCUGACCCAUGGCCGCGUGCGCCUGCUGCUCAGCAAGGGUCACUCCUGCUACCGCCCCCGCAGGACUGGCGAGCGCAAGCGCAAGUCUGUCCGUGGUUGCAUCGUUGACGCCAACCUCAGCGUUCUCAACUUGGUCAUCGUCAGGAAAGGUGAGAAGGAGAUUCCCGGUCUGACCGACAGCACCGUCCCUCGCCGUCUGGGUCCUAAAAGGGCCAGCAAGAUCCGCAAGCUCUUCAACCUGGCUAAGGAGGAUGAUGUGAGGCAGUAUGUUGUGAGGAGACCUCUGACUAAAGAAGGCAAGAAGCCCAGAACUAAGGCUCCCAGGAUCCAGAGACUGGUGACACCUCGUGUGCUUCAGCACAAGCGCCGCCGCAUUUCCCUCAAGAGACAGCGCACCCAGAAAAACAAGGAGGAGGCAUCCGAGUACGCCAAGCUGCUGGCCAAGAGGAUGAAGGAGGCCAAGGAGAAGCGCCAAGAACAGAUCGCCAAGAGGCGUCGUCUUUCUUCUCUGAGGGCAUCCACAUCCAAGUCAGAGUCCAGCCAGAAGUGAAAUCACACAGACAAAUAAAACAAUGUUUUGCUGAAAAUUUGGCUGUCGUGUGAUUCAUUCUCAUUUUUCAACACCUUGAGUGACUCGUAUUAAUCUAGACUAAAAAUGAUACAUCUACUGUAUGGUAGGAGCCAAUGCUCAAAUCUACACAAGAGCAAAAAGACAGUGUAUUUAAAGUAACUUAACAAUAUCCCAAUCUCAAUGUGUUUUGUAUUGAGAGUUAAUGAUCUCUUACGACACUGGGGUUCCCACACAACCUCCGCGUCCAUCGUCAAGAAAGGUAACGUGUUAACCUGUGAAACCAGGUGUUUUUGGGGCUGAUGGCACACCAGUAGAUCCUUUUUGACUGGUCUGUAGUCAUUAAGGUGGGACAGCGUGUUGCCAGAGUAACUGUGAAGCUGCUUUCCAGAUACGACCAGGCCCUUGACCGUGGGUGGUUGAACUGCAUUGCUCUCUCAUUGUUUCCAAAAUAAAAGAAGAAAUUACUGAA